UUUUCGUUUUCAUGACUCGAAAAGUCUAAGACUACACGAAGAAGUUCAAGGUUAUAACGUUGAAAACAGAAACUUUAGUUUACAGUGGUGAAGAAGAGAAACCUAAAUAUUGCAUGUUUAUCAACUAAUUGUUGGAAAGAAGAUUUGUUAUCAGGAAAAGAUGGCUGCACGGCUCAUUACAAAGUCUGGUCGUGUGACAGCCUACUUACCUAACUUGAAUGCUGCUGUAAAUCAUUUCCGUGCAUUUUCUACACACUACCUGAAAGAUCAGCAUAUAACUUUAUGCUCAGAUGAGAGCAGUAAUGGUAAUAUAAAAUAUGACAUAUCACCUGAACUUGGUCCAUUUGGACCCUUAGAUAAAAGAUUCCCACUUCCAGGGCAUGUUGGAUUGAAAAACAAUUCAGUUAAGACAACGAUGGUGACACAACCUGUUUUAUAUAGAGAACCUGUAAAUAUUGAUGAAUUCUUAACCAAAAAUAACCUAGAGAAAAGACAGCAAGAAGUUUUUCAACAAGCACAAGAAGUAAUUGAAGAUCAGUUUUUAGGGGAACCAUCUCCUGGUGAUAAUCUAGAAUGCAUUGCACAGCAAUGUCCAGACCGUCUCAAAAGAGAUGUUCAGGAACUUUUUCCAGAAAGAGAUUUAAAAAAAUCAAAUUUGACUGUGAUUGUUAUUAGUCAGAAAACCACAAAUGAUAUGUCAGGAUGGAGUGAAGAAGUAGAGGAAGAGAGAGAAAACUUGUUGGCAGAGUUCAAUGAAGCAGCAACAGAUAUUUGUAAUGUUUUAAUGGAGGCUGGAUACUGGGCAGAUUUUAUUGAUCCUUCUUGCGGAAAACCUUACCUUGGUCCACAUACCAAUGCCACCAUGUUUGAAACAGAUGAACGUUACAGAACAUUUGGAUUUGAAAUAGAUGAUCUAGGCUGUUGUAAAGUUCUCAGACAUCGUUUGUGGGGAACACAUUCUUAUGUUGGCUGUCUGUUCACUGACGCUCCUUUAGAUCACCCUUUUAUAAGUGCUAUUAAAGCAAAGAAGUAGUGAGAGUGAUAUUGAAUUUAGACUAAUUUGUUAUCUAUUUCCAAUGCUAUUAUUUAUGUAUGUUGGUGAGAGAUUAAAUGCUGUUAAACUGAUGAAAGAAUGGAAAUAAACGUGUUUUAAAUGCUUA